AUGGCGGACCCGGCGACUCCCCACUUCAACCCGUUCCACCAGGACCCACCCGCACGACUUCCGUCAUCCUGGGCUGGAUCUUCGAGAGCCUCCAAUCCCAUCACACCUGGCAGUCUUCGCUCUCCUGCAUUUCCGAUGCAGCAGCAGGACGCAUACCUACUUCCCGCCAGUCCGGCGGCAGGCCGUCAACCAGUGGCAGAUUAUAGGCCUGGUGUCAAGAAGGCGCUGGGCCAUGUCCCCGCAUGUCUGGUCAAUGCCUCGGUGACGUUCUGUAAUAACGAUCACAUCUACGCCUUCGGCGGCUUCGAUCAAUUCACCGAUGAAGUUUACAACCAUGUACUCCGUCUAAAUCUCAAUACUUUGCGGUGGGAGUUGGUAGAUAACUAUGGGGACAUACCCGGUGUACGCAUGGGACACACCGCGACCUUAUACCAAGGCGACAAAUUGAUCGUAUUUGGUGGCGAGAAUGAACAUCGCGAUUAUCUUGCGGACGUGGUUAUCCUCGAUCUUCAGUCCUUCACAUGGACGGGGCCAGAAAUACAUGGAAUUCCUCCUCGGGGAAGAGCACGCCAUGCUGCGGUCAUCCAUGAUGAUAAACUCUUUAUUGUCGGGGGAGUGACGGGGGAGAACAAUGUCAUAUUGGAUGAUCUCACCUACCUGGACCUACAAACCUGGACUUGGUCACGUACCUGGAGUUUCACCGCUCGCUUCGAUCAUACGGCGUGGGUCUGGGGAAAUCGCCUGUGGAUAUUUGGUGGGUUGGGACCCAAUAUGGAACGAACGACCGAUAUCUGGUGGCUUGACCUCAAAGGCUCACCGUCGCUUACUGGAAUUGUCUCCUCCCAAGGUACCGUGGACACCCCGGAUGCACCAAUCACCUUUGCUCAUCUCCCAGAAUCUAUGUCUAGUACGCCGCAGCAGAUGUCUCCGCGCUCUGGGAUCUACGCCGCCAACUCCGCCAGCGUACAAGUGCGCAGCUUUGGUCGUCGUAAACCACUCGCCCCUGGCGCCAUCUCUUGCCUUAGGUUCCAUUCUGGUCCCCAUGUGCCCGCUCUCUUUUCAGGUACUCAUUUCCAGUCAUUCGCAUCCGGGGUCUUAUUGGACUUGAUUACUCCAUCGGAAACAGUACGGUCUCACGACUGCAACUUGUCCGCUCUAGAGCUCAAUUCACUGCGCUGGCAGCGACUAGCAGACGGCCAAGAGAUCUUCCGGCCUGGAUACCGAUGGCACUAUUGUACAGUCAAUGAAGCGGGCACUAAGGCAUGGUUGUUGGGUUGCAGCCUUGACGUUUCGAAUACACCAGGAGCAAGUGAUGAAAAUCACAUGAGUGAAGUACUCUCGAUCGAUUUGGAAAGAUACGGACUUCUCGGCAACGAGUUGUCAGCGGAGGUCCCCCAACAAGAUGUCCCCUGGCCAGUUGACACGGCAGGGCACACGCCUGUUUCUGGGCUCGGGGCUGACCUCUCUGCCGUGUUUGAUCAGAUCCCAGAGUCGGGAAGUGGUGCUGAUUUUGUCAUCACGGCGACGCGCGAUGAUCUCGACUUCAUGGUUGCAGAUGACUCUGAACAUACCCUCUCCACCUCACCCACACAAUCGAAACCGACUUUCGUGGAGCCCGACUCAUCAACAUCAGUCCCUAUUCAUGUCCACAAGAUAAUUCUGCAACUGCGCUGGCCACACUUUAAGCGCUUGUACUCAGCGCAGAUGGCGGAAUAUCAUACCAAGCGCAUGCACAUCCCGGAACCAUAUUCGGUAGUCCGUGCAUUUCUCUACUAUCUGUAUACAGAUAGUAUCGCAGGUCAUCCUGAAUAUUGCUCGACCGUGGUCGAUGUGGCAGGCAUGUUGGUCAUGGCUAACCUUUACGACAUGCCGAAGCUGCGUCUACUAUGCGUGAAUCGACUAAGUCGUGAGAUCGAUGUGGAGAACGCCGCAAUUGUCUGGGAGCGUGCCGGUAGAACCAACGAGCACUGGCUGAUGCGUCGAGCCGCACAGUUCUGCCUGACACACUGGGGUCGCGUGGUACGAACCGACGGAUUCAAGUCGCUCAGUCACACAAGUUUGAUUGAACUGUGCGAGGUGGUGGAUACAGAAGGUCGUAUUGUGGCAGGGCCAGAGCUUGAGAUGGUCAGCUCAUUCGGAGGAGAGUCCCAAUGUGAACGCGACAAGAGCUCGCGACUUCGGCUAGGUUCCGCGGCGGACGAGCUAUCUGAGAUGGAUGGUGAUGACGAAGGAAUGGAAAUUUCAUGA